UGCACCACACGGACAAACGAUUGUCAAUGGACUAUUUGAGACGGAUCUCAAUCGGUUUGUGCGACGGCUCCCUGCGUUUCGGCUGCGUGCUUUGUGACUUGUAAUUCGCAACCAGAUCCUUUUUUUAUCCGGAUGGAAAGAGAAAGACAGAGAGAAAGGACUAAAAUCCAAACAAAAAUGCCGUGAGUCUUGAAGUUUAGUGGAUUUGUCUGUUGGUAGAUUCUCCUAUUCUGGCGACCAGUCGCUGACUUUAAAUUUAUUGCCAGUCUUACUCUUUGAAUUUUGGGACUAUUUCAUAAGUGUGGCACAUUUGAGAUAAAGUAAGAUGACAUUAUACCCGGGUUGUAGCCAUCGAUGAAACUGAAGUUGUGCGUGCUAUGGUUUUGAAUCAUCCAAGGGACUCAUAUUGAAUAUAAUUUAUCUGUGAGCAGAGGUCGAGUCGUUAAGCAAGAGUGGAUUCAUUCCAGCUGUGAAUCCACGAGCCUCUCGUGUUUGUAAAUCAUUUCAGUUUUAAUUAGAAACUGACAUAGUAACACCCCUGAGGAAAAAUCACUAAUAAAAUCCUGCAACAUUGGGACUCUUUAACGCCUCUGUGGAACCCAGUGUGAGUUUAUACUGACCUUAUCUCAGUUCACAGGCAAGUGCCUUUUUAAUCUUUGGCAUCACUGUAACAUCAGUUUGACUAGAUAAUUGUGGAACAUAUCUUCAAACAGAUCUUAAAGGCUACAUUGUCUUUCUCUCAAGCGACUUUGUGCGUGCAGUGUAGUAUUUUUCUUUCCACAUGGGAUCAUAGCUGAGUUCAUACGUCUUGUUCUCUUCCAUGCCCCUACUGUGGUCCAUUAGAAGCUCAGUGGACCUCAGUCUCUACAAACUUGACGGGGACCUGCGGGCAUGGGAGAAGCGACCCCUGCUCAGUCUGCUGCAGGGCCAUUCGUACCCAUGUUGGGUGUUGGUUUAGGAACUAUGCCCGGUGGGGUCGGCAACGGGCCAGUGGCGGCCACCUCCAGAGGCUCUGCGGUUCCACAGCUACACAACGCCAUUGUGGAGCGUUUGCGUGCCCGCAUAGAGCUGUGCAGGAGGCACCACUCCACCUGCGAGAACCGCUACCAGAGGGGUCAAGCCGAGAGUUCGGACCGGGAGCACGAGAGUACGCUUCACCUGCUCAACAUCGUCCAGCAGGGGCCUGGGAACAGAAAGACGAAGGGCAGCCGGGGAUCGAACCAACAACCUCCAGAGUACAGCAGAGCCAAUGGAGAGCAGAAGGGCUCAGAGGGGGAGCAGAAGCUUUCCACGCGCAUAGCGCUUCAAGGAUCUUUGCGAAGGAAGAUUGAGGGACAUGCACCAGGACCAAAGCAGAAUGGGCUCUCCUGCGGUUUCUCCGGAUCAGACUUUAAGCGGGUCCGUGUGGAUGCUGGUGGUAUGGGACACAGACCCUGCAACCAUAACUUAAGCCAGCCUCAUUCUCUGCAGGGGUCCUCAACCAUGGGCAUGCAGAGGAAGAGUUACAUGAUGCCCCAUGGAGUGGGGUCAGACAUAUUCACCAUGACCCUGAAAGAAAUGAAAAAAGAGCCCGUUGAGGCCCAGUCUUGUGGUCAGUCAAACGCAGAGAUGAUUUUUGACUUCAAAGAUGAAGGUGGCGGUCAGAUUGACCCAGAGCUCCAGGAUCUUUUUGAUGAGCUGACAAAGACAGUGCCAACGCUGAAUGACCUGGAGUUUGAGAAGAUGCUGAAGCAGGAUGAUACAUUUGGUUUGGAUCUAGGCAGGCCGAGCUCAGCAGGAGCAGCUGCCAGCCUGUGUUCCCCAAUGGAUAAGCCAAUAAAGAUGGAGCACUCCCCAGAUUUUGGCCAGGUUCAUGGUGGCUCGCCACAGCUUCGACCAGCCUCAGCAGGACCCUCUUUCACACUGACCAGCACCUCUUCUACCACCACGUCGCAGAAAGCUAACACUCAGGCAGGACACCCCAGAGCCCUGCCCUGCUGGCCAGAAAUAUCCCACGCAGAGCAGCUGAAGCAGAUGGCAGCGAACCAACAGCAGCCGAGCUCUCUGCUUCAUCACCACCACCAAACACCACCCGCAGGACUGACCAACUGGGCUCCUGCCAUGAGCACCCACUCCUCCACCAGCGCCUUCCCCCAGGACAAGGUCUCCAGCGCGGCCCCGCUGAGCCAGCAGCGAAUUGGCUCUCAGAGUAAAGGGAUCAACAACUGCCUCUUCAAGUCAAACGGCCACAAUGGUGCCCAUCAUUUGGACAUGAAGGUUCUCAGCACCAAGCCCACGUUGCACUUCAGCCCCAAAGCACCACAUUCUGCCAGCCAGCCGAUGCCUAUCAUGGCAAGCUCAGUGAACAAGGCUUCAGCCCAGCAGCAACAGCCUCCAUCGACCGGCCAGAAUCCGCCACAUUCAGCUCUCCACUUCCAGAACCAACAGAUCCCUACGUCAGGGGCUCUUUGCCUGCAACCCAAGUCGGUUCCUGCGGGGCUGCCUUUUAAACUGGCACAACAGCGACAGGGUGUACCUCCUGGUCCAAGGAUGCCCACCAAUGGAAGCUUAGGGGUCAUGUCAGCUCAGUCGCAGGCACGGCCCCCAGCACCCAACAACCAGCAGAAAGGCCCGGUGAAAACUCAGGCCAUGCAGAGACAGCUUAAUCAACAACAGCACACCAUCGGCAAUUCUGACAAAGACAAUGCACAUGAUCAGUUCAAUCGUCAUCUCACAAGGCCGCCACCUGAUUAUAAGCAGUCAAGAAGUAUGGUGGGAGUUCAGCAAGGGAACAUCUUCACAGGACAAAACUCCACCCAGUCUUCCAGCAAUGGCCCUGAGAACGACCUACAGUCCUUGUCUUGUCACCUCCCAAGUGGUUCAAAGAUGAGUCCUUCACCAUCGGACCGCAGAUUUGGCAUUGGGACUGAUUGUCGUCCGACUUCUUGUAUCGGCCAGUUCCAGCAGCAUAACAAUCAGAAUCGAAUCGGACUAAAUCAAAAUAAAGCUAGGUUCAUGGGGCCAAACGCUCACGGCAGUUCUUUUGGGAUGAACAAUGUAGGAGGUGUACAACACCCGAGAACGACAGCUGACCUGCAUUCAUCAGGGGUACCAGGACAGGGUCUUGGAGGCUUGAUGAAAAUGGGCUGGAGCUCAGCCAACAAGCAAGUGACAACUGGACUUGGUAUUAGGCGGCUACCCAACCCACUGCAGUCUCAGGGUGCGCAGCUGGACAUGCCAAACCAUCCGUAUCAACAGAGGCACAUCGGCCCUCCCAACCAGGUAGCGCCAGACAUUGGGAUGCUCCCUCUUAACCCUUCGCUAAGAGACACAGGCCCCAGACCAAACCAGCCGAUAAUGGGAUCUCCAUCAGCAGUGGGGAGCCUGAACCAGGCCUCUCCGGAACAGAGGGUACCAGCAGGCAACUUUGCAGAGCCCAGUCCGAGCUCUAGCAGCUACCAGAAUAACCGGGCCAAUCGUCUGACCUUUGACUUCCUCCCCGAGGGAGACAACACAGUUCCAGGGAUCAACACAGACUCAGACUUCAUAGACUCUCUUCUCAAGUCUGGCUCUGGGAAUGAUGAUUGGAUGAAAGAUAUAAAUUUGGAUGAGAUUCUGGGCAGUCACUCGUGAAUUUGGGUCACAGAUUGCUAAAAAUCAACCCGCAGCUCAAAGUAUAGAGGUCAUGGAUGUAAGGUGUAACAUUUGUAAAUAAUGUUAAAAAGGAAUUUUAUAAACUCAUAUUAUUUGUUAUCCAAGUAUACUGUAUUGUUUUGUAUUGUAUUUACUGUGAAAGGAGUUGUGUUCUGUCUUUAGUAUUCUGCAUAUUUUAUUCCUGGUGUAUUGGCCAACAAACUACUUUUCUUUGCAGUCACUGUUUUUGUGGUCUGUUUGUCAUACUCAUGCUGUAGUGCUGUCAUUUAGGACACAAUACCAAAUUCACACUGUGGAGAGAACAUUGCUGUGCUGCUUUCAAGUUCAUCUCGGUAUUCCAAGUUCAGUUUCUAAAUCUGCAUCCACUAUUUAGCAUGAUACGAUAUUUACCUUCAGACGUUUUGCUACCAUACACAGAGAAUCUUGCCACCACCAAUGUUUUCUUACUAAUUGUUCAAGCUUUUUCAUCUGUGGUAGUUUUUGAUGCAAUUUAAGUAAUGUAACCAUUCUUUUUUUGUUUCAUGUGAUAUUUAAUAAUUAUUGGGAUAGUAUUAAGACAUUAUAAUACAUGUAAUUAAUAAAAUUGAUUUGA